AGCGUCGACGGAGUUGUGAACGGGAGAGCCGUCCGGCCAGUCGCUCGGUGUUCCGUGGAUCUACCCAUUCUACCCUGCGACGAGGAUCACGACGAUGUUAAACGAUCGGCCGGGAACGAUUGGAGAACGUUCGCGACUGAUGAGAUGGUCGCCGGCGGGAUCGCCCGGGAUGUAGAAGCCCGAACGUCGACGAAAGUGUGCGAUUCCACCGGGAAACGAAACGGGCUCUGGGUCGCCGAAGCAUGAACGUAGGGAAUCCCCGAAUCGUUUGCCUCGCCCUCACCGUCCUCGCCUUCUUCCAAAGAGGAUGGGCCAUCGAUUGUUUCAAGUGCGUCUCGAUCGACGGCGACAACAAACCCUGCGAUGAUCCAUUUCAUAACAAUGGGAGCCUCGCUCUCUUGGAGUCGCCCUGCUUAGGGGGUCGGAAAGGCCGGGAUGGCCUCUUUCCAGCGACCGCUUGUCUCAAGAUUGCCGGCAUAUAUGAUGAAUCCGGUGCGAGUCUGAUGGUGAGGGGCUGCGCUUUGGACAGCGGAACCCUAACAACGGACUCCGAGAUUAUCAGAAUGUCCCACUGCGGUGGUUUCUACUUCGACGACAAGUACGUGCGCGGGUGUGUGCAGUCCUGCAGCGAUGCGGAUGCGUGCAACGCGUCGUCGAGGAAUCUCACGCCGCUGAUCGCCCUCGUGUUGCCGAUUCUCGCGGGACUCGCGUGAUCUAUUUGGCGUUCCGCAACGCGCGAGGAGGCCGAUCGAACGUCAUUUUGAAAAAUGGGACAAUUUGGAAGAGACGGAUGGCGGCAUUGAACAGAUCAAGUACAACGGCGAGCGUAUAGUGGAUAUUAACAAUCUUUGUUAUUAAAGCUUAUGAUGUUUCAAGCAAACCCACAUAGUCUGCAAUAUACUGCCAGAUUACUUAAUAUAUAAUUUAAGCUCUAGUCUCAUUAUCGUCAAGCAACAAUCCACGCGCCAUUUACUUUUAUUAAUUUAUCACUGGCUAUCACUGUGCGAUACGUUGAUUAUAUAAUUACAGCUUGUUAUCAAUAAAGCAUAUGUUGAAAUUGUUAAACAGA